CACUGCCAUUUAUAUCUCGUAACUGGUAGAAGCAAAGACAGAAGAGGACUUGACAGUUUACAAGACAUGGCGAGUUCAACAUCCAUGGAAGCAGCGGGACUCACUCUACCUUUCUUGAUCCUCACAUUUCUCACAAUUGCCGCUGCAUCCUCAACUAACCAGAUCCAAAUCCUUAACGCUGAACGUAGAAUUGACUUGAGUUCACAUAUUGUAAAGGUCUUCUUGACUUUAAAGGUUGAGAAUGUCGGGACAACCCCUGCUUCAGAAAUCGUUCUUGCAUUUCCACCUGCUCAAGCUGAUCAUCUAGCACUUGUCAAAGCACAAGCAGCUAUAGGCAAGAAGAAGAAGAAGAGUUAUGUUCAUCUUGAUGCAAGCCCAACAGAGCUACCUGAUGCGCCAAAUGGAACAAAAUAUUUUAGUAUAUCUUUGCUUAAUCCGUUAAGUUCAGGUGAAACUGCAACUCUGGAAGUGCUUUAUAUAUUAACACAUUCUCUGGAACCUUUCCCAGCAGAGAUAAGCCAAUCAGAAUCACAAUUAGUAUAUUUCCGUGACAGCGCAUUAAUACUGUCACUGUAUCAUGUUAAGCAGCAAACUACUUUUCUUAAGACACCAAGUACAAAAGUAGAAUCAUUUACAAGAGCGGAACCCACCAAGCUUGCUGGUAGAGAACUAAAGUAUGGACCAUAUGAAGAUCAUCCUCCAUAUUCAUUUUCUCCAGUAAUUGUUCAUCUUGAGAAUAACAGCCCAUUUGCUGUUGUUGAAGAGCUUUUAAGAGAAGUAGAGAUAUCUCACUGGGGCAACCUUCAGAUAACAGAGCAUUACAAAUUGGUCCAUGCUGGUGCUCUACACAAAGGCGUGUUUUCCAGAGUUGAGUAUCAAUCUUCUAGGCCAUCUUUUAGUGGCACAUCUUCCUUCAAACACCUUCUAGCAAGUCUACCACCUAGGGUGCACUCUGUGUAUUAUCGGGAUGACAUCGGAAACAUCUCAUCAUCACAUUUACGUUCAGAUUACCGUAAGUCAGAACUUGAAAUCGAACCACGGUAUCCUUUAUUUGGAGGUUGGAAGGCUACUUUUGUUAUUGGAUAUGGGCUACCACUGGAAGACUUCCUUUUUGAGUCUCCUGAUGGCAAGCGUUACCUCAACUUCAGCUUCGGCUGUCCUCUUGCAGAGACUGUCGUGGACAAGUUGACCAUCAAAGUUGUGCUACCAGAGGGAUCAAAAGACCCUUCAGCUGUUGUUCCUUUUCCAGUGGAGCAGCGUCUAGAGACCAAAUAUUCAUACCUUGAUGUUGUUGGGAGGACUGUUCUGGUUCUGGAGAAUAAAAAUGUAGUUCCUGAGCACAUUACUCCUUUCCAGGUUUACUACACUUUCAAACCUAUAUUUAUGCUAGCAGAACCAUUGAUGUUGGCAUCUGUAUUUUUCUUGUUUUUCAUGGCUUGUUUAGCUUAUCUACACAUUGAUCUUUCCAUACGCAAGUAACAAAUGCUCCAGAAAGGCCAGAUUAUGCAACUUAGUAGUGAUGUAUGUACCAGUUUUUGACAUUGAUAUGCUCAUUCUGCCAUGAGGAGGGUUUCAGCAUUAUAUGUUUAAUCAUGAAUUGAGCAGGUCAGAAUCUGGGGCCCAUCUGGGACCAUUUUGGGCUACUUGUAGAACUUUUAGUUUUUCUGCAGUGAAAGUAGUUUUGAACUCGAAA